ACACCACCCCAAUACCACCUCAACGCCACAUCCAACCCAAAUCACAAACCCUCCUUUCUCUGAUAUACCGCCCGUCUCUCCCACGCCUCCACAUUCAAUCAGCAAUCAUGGACCACCCCCAAACCCCGCGAGUCCUCGCCCCGCACCUCUCCAACUUCCAGCACAAGCUCGUCCGCAUCCUAGGCAAAGUCGUGCAGCUGCGCGGCGAAACCGCGGUGAUCGAUGCCGGCGGCAACAUAGAUGUGAUACUCAACAGGGACUGCCAUCUCGCCGUCGGCCACGCGGUCGAGGUCAUCGGCAAGGUGGACGGGAACUUGCACGUCAAGGUGCAGGCGGCGACGGAUUUUGGGACGAGCCUCGAUUUCAACGCGGUACAAGCCGUCGUCGAGGCGACGCAUCGGCAUCGGGAGAUAUUCUAUGACGCGGAUUAAGUGGUGGAACAGCUUGAUUGAGUGUGCAGGGAUUUGGGAGCUGGUAUGGCCAGCGAAACGAGGCGUGGGAUAGUAAUCACAGUUCGGCCACGAAUGAGACGAUUGUAGAAGGAAGUGAAUAGCUUAUGACAGCUUGCAUGCAUAUAAUCCAAA